AUGGUUAAACUUGAUGAGGUUGCAAAUGAAAAGUACUUCCCACGUGGUGGAAGUAGUGAAAAACCGAGAUCAUCGAAAAAGUUGAGCAAUGAAGAGCCAUCGUCUAAAAAAGGACUGAAGGUGUGUUUCUCUUUCCAUUCCAGUGAGAAUCUAAUAUUUACAGAGAAAGUCUGCGGCUCCAGAAGAAAGUGAGGUCAAGAAGAUUAAGGAAGAGGCUUGCUGGAUCCCCAAGGUGGAUGAUAACAUGUUCAUUGAAGGUCUCACAGGUCUUGGAGUCGUGUCAGAUGUAAGACUAAUAAGUAUUCUUCAUAGAUUUAUUAUUCGCUUUAGGUAUUCGAAGAUGCAAUCAUUCUGCACACUCCGGCUGCUCAAAGUGUUCGAAUCGACGUCUCAGAAAUCUCGAAAAAGUUCUCAGAGCUGAUAAACGCAGAGAAACUCGAGAUGAAAGACGCUUUCCAAGUCGGUCAGAUGGUUCCCUUCAAAGUGAUUACCAAGAAGAACAAAGGAGAACGAGGAAAAGUGAAAGGAACGUGUAAUCCUGUCAAGCUGAACAAGCAUCUUUCCCCGAAUAUGCUCGUGGCAGGCCUAGUGCUUCAUACGGCGGUCAUCAGCAUCGAAGAGAAAGGAGCCAUUCUCGACGUCGGUCUCGAUCAAAUCACCGGCUUUAUUGAGAAAAGUCAGUUCCCGGCUGCCGGAUUGCGUGAGGGAAUUCCACUCAUUGUAAGAAUUCUCUCCACGACUUCUCGUGUUGUCAAAGUGACUUCUUUUGUUGAACAGGUAACACCACUCUUCAUAAUUUCUUAUUUUGAUGGCUUUUCAGGACAAUCUGAACAUGGCAAGUUGCGAGAAACUGCAAUUGAACCAUCUGAUGCCUGGAACGAUUCUUGAGUGCGAGCCGACUGGAGAUGCCACUACCGCCGGAAUCAUUGUGAACAUUGGAAACGGACUAAAGGGAGUGCUACCCCGCCGCAACUUGCCGCCACGUCUACGCGAGAAUCCGGAGAAGCUCGGAAAGGCGAUCCGCGCGAUCGUCAUGUUCUGUCAGCAGAACUCGAAAGUUCUCGUUUUGAGUGCUCAUCCGGAUAUUGUCGCCGUCAGUCGCAUCGAAAAACGCAUCUCAUUCGAAGGAGUUUCAAUCGGAGACAAGGUCCAGUGCACCGUGAUCGAUGUGAUCGUCUCGAAAGGUAUCGUCUACUUCACUCUUCCGCCCACCGAUGGAAAGAAGUCUCUGGUCACUGCCGUCGCGAAACGUGGUCUUCUGGAGAAGCCAGAUAACGUCGUCAACGAGUACAAAAUAGGACAAGAGAUGACGUGCCGCGUGACAGGAUAUCGAUAUGCCGAAAGAGCACUGAUUGUGUCAAACAGAAAGGAUAUUAUCCAGCAGAAGAUCACUACUUUCCAAGUGAGUUCGAACCAUUCUGAAGCCUUUUCAAUUCUGCACUUCAGGACGCCAAAUGCGGAGAUAUUCUGGAUGCUAAAGUUCACCACGUUGCGAAGAGUGGAGUUCACUUCAUCGUUUGCACCUUCGUCAAGGCAUUCGCUCCAUUGAGCCAAAUCUCUGACUCCCCGAUCCCUCUUCCAAAACUCAAGGCCAAAUAUAAAAUUGGAACAGAGGCCAAGGUCCGAGUGUGGCAAAUCUGCGAAAAACGACGCAAUCUGAUCGUUUCGUGCCGCGAAAAGCUGCUGGCUCUCAAGGCCCCUUCAGCUAACUUUGUAGAGGAGUUGGAAGUCGGAAAGACUAUGCCGUGCGUCAUCCGAAAAAUCUUCCCGACUGGUGUCAUUCUGCUCGCCACCUACAACAAUAUCGGAGGAGUUUUGCGCAAAGAAUCGGCAGUUCACUUGCCGGGAACCCCCAAAGUUGGCGACUAUGUAGAAGCCAACGUGGAGAAGAUCGAAGAGGGAAGCCGAGUUGUUUUUGUACUCGGUGAUAUCAAAAGCAGCGGAGCAGCCGCGGAAGGACAGAACUCUGAAAAGAAGCUGGUGCAGAAGCCGAAGCCAGCGGACGGAGGAAUUGGAAUCGGCAAGAUUUACAAGGGAACACUGACUGCGAACAAGGGAGAAAAGGCCCAUGCCACGUUCACUGGAGAAGAGAAGAAAGAAGUGUUCGCUUCAGUCGACGAUUAUCUGCUCUCCGACCUGUUGGAUGCACCAAUUGGACUCACCAAGAGACUUCUCACUGAAGGAAAAAAAGAAAUUGAGAGAAUCGUCCCAAUGGGAAAGCUAGCAGCCGUGAACAGAGUUUGUGUGAAGCGAUCCGUAGCUCUAUUUGUGAAGGACAUGAAGGUUCCGGAGAAGUUGGACGAGCUGAAGAAAGAUCAAGUAGUCAUCGGAGUCGUCGGACAGAUCAUCACGAAUAUCGGAGUUUUUGUGGAAUUGGUCGGUGGAAGCGGUCUUGUUGGACGUAUUCUCGAAAGGAAAGGUGCAAAGAAAAUGAGCGAGCUUCUUGAAGUUGGUCAGGUUGUUAUUGGAAAGAUUGUGAAUAUCGAUACGACGAAGAAGUUCUUCACUAUUGAUCCAUGCGUAUGUUUUGGCAACCCAAUGCUUAUAAUUUCUGUUUCAUUUCAGACAGACAUGAGAAACGGAGAGAAAGUGCUCGAAACCUACGCACUUCCCCUUUUGGAAUCUAUCAUUGAAGAGGUGAAAUGGCUCGCCGAGAAUGCGAAGCUUCCCGCUCCAGGUACCUCAGUGAAUGCGAAAGUUACGAAAGAGCUGGAUGACUUGACACUUGUGGAAUUCGAGCACAACGGACGGAAAGUGGCUGGAGUAGUGCACAAGAAGGCCGGACAAGCAGAAGCCGUUGAGAACACGCCAGCAAAGAAGAAGAAGAAGGCCACGAAGUCUCUCAUUGUUAUCGACAUCAACCACUCAACCAACGAAGUUGUCUUGGCAGCUCCUUCAACGGAUUCUGCUUACAUUGUGACUGUUCGUCGUGAUUAUUUGUGUGCGGUCUCUUCGAACGACCUCGUUUAUUUGCCAACUCGCCUUCAUCCGAAUCAUCUUCCACCAACCGAACAGACAAUUAAAAUUCAUGACAUCGUUGAUUUGAGCGGACAGAGGAAGAUUGGCGAAGGAGUGAGCAUCGCCACGAGAGGAGGAGGAGACGUGGAUGAUGUUACCAGAGCGACUCGGGUGCUCAAAGAAUUCAUUGGAGAGACGAAGAAAACGGAGAAAAAGGAAGAGAAAGAAUCCUCACUGAAACCGAUCAGUAUCAAAAACUUCGGAACUUACGAGGGAGUCGUUAUUGGACAAGUUCAAGGAGAACAGAAUCAGAAAAAGAACUCUCUGUUCGCUGAAAUCCGUCUUCCUGGAGACAAUAUCGGACGUCUUCAUGUUUCCGAACUGCCGCCAAAUCUUCCAAGUUCCGAGAAUGUCCUUGACGAUUUUGUGAAGCGAAACUUCAACAAGAAGGUCUACGUUCGAAUUAUUGGCUUCCAGAAAGCUGGGAAUGCUGGAAAGGUUGCCGAACUCACGAUGAUCCCGUCGAAGAUCCAGGCUGGAAAGGUACGCGCAUCCGUGCUCUCCUACAAAUCCAACUACAACGUCGGCGAUCUUGUACGCUGCUUCGGAGCUGCCACGUUGACUGAUAAUCAGGAAGUGAGAGUGGAAGUGAAUCCGAUUUGGAACGGAAAGAUCUCGCGUGAGAAUCUGUCUGACGAUCUGAAGUUGAAGUCCGCAGAAGAUGGAAUUGUCGAUUUGACUCUUGCGAAGGGAGAAAUGAGAGAAGCGAAAGUUAUUGCUGUUGACAGAAAGCACAUGUCUCUGAGUCUGUCGCUGGACGUCAAAAAGACGCAAAACAAGUUCGUCGUCGGAAACGCAGUCACCGGACGCAUCUUCUUCUCUUCCAAAACUGGAAUCCGUCUGAAGCUGUCUUCUGGAGAACAAGCCAAUUUGACGCCUACUGGAAUCACGGACAAGUACGAAACUGUCGAAGAGACUAUUGAGAAGCAGCUAACCGACGGAAAGCUGGUCGAAGUAGUCUGUGCAAAAGUUCAGAGACAUCCGAAGCGGUUCUUCGUUGUGUUGAAAGAGAGAUAUUCCGGAACGAGUAACGAGCACAGAAAGCUCAUUCUCGACGCGACGACAAUCGAAGUGGGCGCCAAACUGGACGGAAUCGUUGAGAAUCCUUCGAAGAGGUCGUUGUUCAUCGAGUUGGGACCAGGAAUCUCGGGACGUAUCCCGGUAAACGAGGAGAAUCAGGAUCUGUAAGUCUAUGGCAUAAACUGUGCAAUAACUUUAUUUUCUGUCAUUUUCAGAUUGGAAAUCGGUUCAAACAGUGUCGUUCGGGUGCAGGUGGUCAAGAAGACGAAACAAGAGAUUGUUCUGAAACUCGAGGACAUUCUCAUAAGAAAGUGGACAGUGCGGGGAAGCAGAAAAAGGCAAGCAACGAAGAGCGAAGAGAAUCCUUCGAAGGUGGCAUUGCUCGAGGAGGACCAUAAAAAGGAGAAAAUCGUAGUCGAAGAUCCAGGAUUCGACUGGUCGAACAAGGGAUUCCGGAAUGAGGAUCUUGCUGCAGUUGGAAAAUUGACAAGCAAUUCGGAAGAGAAAGAAGAAGAGGAGAGCGAUGUGGACGAGGAUGGAGAGGAUGAAGAAGAAAAGGAAACCGACGUGUCCGACGAGGAGGAAGAGGCUUCCGAUGGGGAAGAAGAGGAUGAGAAGGUCGAGCUGAUAGAGAAAAGCGAAGAAGAACACUCGAGACUUGUGCGCAGCGAUCCAAAUUCUGCGAUUCAUUGGAUUGAAUACAUGAGCUUGUUUGUCGAGAAAUCUGAUUUGACAGCUGCCAGAAAAACCGCCGAAGAAGCUCUCACAGCCAUCAAUCCAACGUAAUUGUAAUAUCUCUUGAACUGUCCCAACUCUUAUUUUUCAGUGAACUGGAAGAGCUCCUGAAGAUGUGGACGGCCUAUUUGAACAUGGAAGUGGCGUACGGAGACGCGGCAACUGUCCAGAAGGUGUUUGAGCGCGCUUGCCGAAAUGCAAACUCGUACACCGUUCACAAGACUUUGGCGAAGAUCUAUCAAAAGUUCAAAAAGAAUGCCGAAGCCACGCAGAUUCUGGAGCAGAUGGUGAAGAAGUUCCGUGCGAAUGAGCUGGAAGUGUGGACUCUGCUCGCUGAGCAUUUGUUCACUCUAAAGGAGCAGAAGGCGGCCAGAGAGCUGCUCCCAAGGGCUUUGAAGAGUGCGCCCAAAGCCCAACAGCGUGAGUAUUCACCCAAAGUUUCACAACUUUUCGCUGCAUCCAAAUGUUUUUUCACCACAUUCCCAUUUCAGAUGUCCAAAUCAUUUCAAAGUUUGCCCAACUUGAGUUCAAAUUGGGAGAUGCCGAACGUGGAAGAACUCUCUUGGAAGGACUCGUUACCGCCCACCCGAAAAAGACGGAUCUUUGGCUCGUUUACGCCGACGCAGCUCUCAAACACCUGGGAAUUGAGCCCGCGCGGAAAGUGCUCGAACGAGCAUGCAACCUCGGACUGUCGAUUCACAAAAUGCGUCCGCUGUACAAGAAAUGGCUGGAGAUGGAGAACAAGCACGGCGAUGCGAAGGCUGUCGAACUCGUCAAGUCGAAGGCCGAAAAGUUCCUGCAAUCAGUGGCCGAUAAUGUGCUUGAAGAGGAGGAUUAA